UAUACAAUAUAAACAUAUAAACGUCAGGAAUUCACAUUGGAAAUUCUUGAUUCGGGUGGCUCACAAAAAAUGUUGUUUUUGCACAACCGGCUAUCCAUUCGUUCGGCUUAAAUAUGACUAAUAGUGAAGUUGUCACCGUCUCUCUUAGAAUUCCCUUUCCGAACAAACGGGAAGCGCAAAUCGCUUUCGAUGUGCUCCGGAUCGACACCGAACCAAAGCGAAGUUUCAUCGAGAAAUCUCUCAAACUAGAGGACGACAAUCAUCUGCUGGUGACUUUCGGCGGUCAAGCCAAACACGUGCGCGUCGGAGUGACAUCGUUCUUCGAAUCGUUGAUACUGUGCUGUGAAACUUUGGCCCAGUUUGGACCGCCUCAAUCGGACCAAUACCUACACUUCUGCGGUUAA